GUAUAAAUGGAUUUUGAAAUCAAUGGGUCCUUCAGUUGUUGCCUCGCUUUCGACCAAAGGAAUCAUCGAAAGGGAACACUUGACCCAGCUUAAGACGAUAUGAAGACUCUACUUCUUGGAUUUUUCCUUCUUUCUCUCUCCGCGUUGAGAGUGCAAUCGAAGCCACAAAUCACGAGGCUGUUCCCGAUCCCAGAAGAAACGAGCACUCCGAGGCAAGAAACUAACACCGAGGCAAAACCACUGGAUAAGUUGCUCGGGAAAUUGCGAGCCACGUACAACUUCGUGUUUCGAAAGCCAGAGAACACGAGUAACGUGGAGAAAAUUUUGGCCAAGGAUACACCGAAUCCAGACGUCGAAGCGCUUAAAUUAAUCUGGUCCAAUCGAAUGCAACAGAACUCCAAGGACAAAGAAGAUUCAGGAAAGAAGUCUGAAUUAAAAGUCACGUAUUUAGGAUCAUCAAACAAUGAUUGGGUAAACGAUAUUCGACCUUUGGAAGAUUUAGAAUCAUUGGAACCAUUGGAACCAUUGGAACUGGAGGAUGAAGUGGAAGAUAACAGAGACCGAGAAGUGGAGAUCAUUACACCGAGAACUGCUUUUCAGUUUCCGGUGACGCUCAGUCGUCAUCUUGUUGAUUGGCUUGGAUCACUUUUAGGAAUCACUUACGGUGUCUAUUCUAAAUUGGCCAGAGCUAUUUAUACCAAUAAUACGAUACGUGUUAAUUAAUUAUAAUUAACGAUGGCUUAUUAAUUAUAAGGAACAUGUGUUAUACCGCUUAAUGGACUUUCAUUUGUAUUAAAAGAUUAUUGAGAAGUAAAA